AUGAAACAAUAUCACAGUGUCCUUUCCAUGUCCAAAACAAUUGAAUUGCUAGGAAUCUCUCACGAUGUUUAUUCUCUUAGCAUCUUAAUUAAUUGCUUCUGCCAUUUACACCUUGUGGAUUUUGGCUUCUCUGUUUUUGGUAAGAUGCUCAAAUUCGGAUUGGAGCCUACCACUGUGACAUUUAAUAGCUUAAUUAAUGGGCUUUGUAUGGAGAGUAAAAUCGAUAAAGCAGUGGAAGUUUUCGAUGAUAUGGUUGCACGUGGUUAUCAACCUGAUGUUUAUACUUACAGUACGAUAAUAAAGGGAAUGUGUAAGUUUGGGAAAACAAAUGUGGCUAUUGGGCUACUAAAGGGAAUGGCUGAUAGAGGUUGUGAGCCAAAUGUUGUGACAUACGGAGCAAUCAUUGACGCCCUUUGCAAGGAUGAGCUAGUUGGUGAGGCUUUAGAGCUCUUCUCUCAAAUGAGGAAUAAGGGCAUUUCACCUGAUGUCAUCACUUACACUGGUUUAAUUCAUGGUGUUUGCAAAUUAGGCCAAAAGAACCAAGCUUUGGCCUUGAUGAAUGAAAUGGUGGAGCAGAAAGGGCGCAGGAUAUACAGUCCCAGAAUACAAGGUAGGAAAAUCACUAGACUUCUACAGCUGUUGGUUGUAUGA